AUGGGCAUUUCCGCGGUUGUCCUCCGGCCCUCGCUGGGGUGCGUGGAGCGGCGCAGGUCGGCUCCACUGGUGGUAAUUGGGCCCACAAGACUGCUGACCCCUUAUGUCCGAAAAAAGUAUAAUGAUGACCUAGAUGGAGAUAGUGCUGUCUUUGGUGAAUGCCUAGAACCUAAUAGGUGGUUUAUAAAUGUCUAUGGGCUGAACACAGAGGAACCAGAAUGCAUCCAUAGGAAGGUGAGCAGAGUCUAUAGGAAGGGGAAAGCCCUGGAAUCCAGGUCCCAUGAGGAGCUAGUGGUGACAGUGGCAGCAUGGAAGCUCCAGGCCUUGCAAGAUGAUGAUAGCAGAGACUGUGAGCAGAACAAAGGACACGUAGAGAGAUGGUAUGAAGGAGAAAUGGGAUGAGACAAGAGCCAGAGCAGCAGCAAGAGAAAGGCUAUUGUCCUUGGACCAGCACUGCAUCCCCGUCUCACACUGGGGCCCAGGAGAACUGCCACCAGCCCACCAGCACACAGAACUGCAAACAAUAUCAAACAGAUGGGCACCUUUGACCCUGUGGAGCAAUCCUCAGGGGUUUACCGCCACCAUGUGCUACCUCCCUGGAACUUGACAGGUCAUAGUGGCUUCCUUCUCUUCAAAGAAGGAGUUAAACCCAUGUGGGAAGAUGAUGCAAACAAAAAUGGUGGCAAGUGGGUUAUUUGGCUGUGGGAGGGCUUGGCAUCCUGUUGCUGGGAGAAUCUCAUCCUGGCCAUGUUGAGGCAAUCCAUAAUGACUGGGGAGGAAAUCUGGGGACCUGUGGUUUAUGUGGUUUCAGAAUAUUAUGUCUUUUAA